UAUUUUUUUAAAUUAUGAAAUCAACAACUAUUAUCAUUAAAUUUUUCAUUAUUAUCAUCAAAGAAAUUUGUGUACUUACUACUGCUGCUGAGUUUGGUGGCGAUAAGUGGACCAUGUUUAAUUUUAUUGGAUUAGACAUUUGUAUGCGUGGUAUAAGUCUUCAUAUUGUAUCCAAAUUGUUAAAAGAUCCAGCAUAUUCGGUGGUAAAAAGUGAUGAAAGUGCGAUAGCUUUAACUUCCCUUAUAACAGAAGCUCAACCUGAAGAUGAGGAAACUUUUAAUUAAAUUUUCGUAUUUAAUUUAUAAACUAUUUUAGAUGUUUUUUAAACAUAUUUUAUAAUACAAAUUAUUUAUAAUAAUUUAUCUACAUACAAUAACUUAAAAUAGCAUUUAUUAACUAUACUACUUCGAACAUGAUUAUAAAUUUCUGAAACUUAG